ACAGUUCAAUCAUCGCUGUUAGAUCGGAUUUCACAAGCAUGGUCUUGUCUUUUUCUAUAGAUCUGACGGCCUAAAGUUGUUCUGUGAUACUUACCUGCUGUGACUAUAUCUUUUGUGUUACUCCUUCCAGAACCAGGUCCUAGUGGCUACGGUAGCGUCUCUCUCCCAAUUACAAUAUCCUCAAAACCCUAGCUUAAGCCCUCAAUUUCCCAAAACCCUAGAUUAUCUCUCUUUAAAUUCUCUCUCAAUUAGGGUUUACUCUUUGUAAAAAUAAUAUUUUUGGGAAUGGAGAUGCAGAGCCUCUGCUCCAACAGCCUUGUCUUGGAUGGUUUUCUCUGCUCUGUAGUGCAGGCUAUGGUAGCUGAGGCAGCCAUUGUUGCUGCCAAGUCUAUUGCUUUGUACUUCUGGAUGAUGGGAUCUAUUCCCAACACAACCACUGUUUUUCCCAAAGAACCUGAGGAACUCACAGGAUUUCCUAUCACUGAGCUUUUUGCAGUGGAAAAACCUGGUCCUGAGAACAAAGAUGCAAGUGAAACUGAGGACGACGACGAUGAUGAUGAUGAUGAUGCUGCUGGUGGUGAUGACCAGGAUGAUGAUGGAGGUGAUGCGGAUGAUGCCUCUGGGGAAGAGAAUGAGGGUAAAGCAAAUCCAGAAGACGAGCCUGAGGCCAAUGGUGAUGGUGUGAGUGAAGAGGAUGGUGAUGAUGAUGAUGAUGACGACGAUGAUGACGAUGAUGAUGACGGCGAUGAUGGGGAGGAAGACACUGAGGACGAUGAAGAGGAUGAGGAAGAUGAGGAGGAGGAAGAGAUACCUCAGCCACCUGCUAAGAGGAGGAAAUGAAGUUUUUCAUUGUUUCUUUUAACUUUGCUGCCUUUUCUGGUUACCGGGAAUUUGGGUUUGUAGGAGUUGAGUAAUUUAGGUGGCAUGUCCACAUAUGGUAGAAAUGUUCACUGUACUUGUUCUCUAAGCUAUCAAAAUUCUUAGUUCUACACCUUUAAUAUAUAUCUCCCUCUCUCUUUCUCUCUGCGGAU